GGAACUUAUAAAAACUAAUACACUCUCUCUAUCUUUCUUUUUAUUAUAAAUAAGUAAUAUAAAUUAGUUGUUUUACAGAAAGAGGAAAAUCUUACAUAAUGUGCAAGUUAUGUAUAAUAAAUAAAAACACCAGAAUGAAUCAAGGAUAUUUUAUAAUUAUUGCUAUGCCUAUUCUGUAAAAAUGUUACUCUGUAAUAAAAAAAAUUUAAUAAAGAAUUAUGUAUUAAUAUCGCUUUUGUUCAUUCGCGCAAGUCUAAAGCAAAGUGUUUUGCCGUACGGUAACUAUGACUACGCUUCAGAAGGAUAGUAAUAAUACGUAUCAAACCUUUUAUUGCGAAGAAAUUCGCAAAAAAUCAAUUGAACGUGCUAAAAAGAACUCUUUGCUCUCAUCAUAAUGAACGAUAAAGAUGACAGCGCUUGGGUCUUCGAUUCUUUGAUUGGUUUUCUUCAGGGUCCCAUUUGGUCUGCGCCUCUCAUUACUUUCAUUGAAGAAAAAUCGCUGAUAUUCGAAGCAGAUAUCGAAGAAAAUGAUGAGUAUCAAAAGAUAUAUCAGGAGUACAAAAAUCUGGUGGACUUAUUGCUUGGUUGUUUUAUGGAAGACAUGGGGAUCACUCCGGAACAAUUCGAGUAUGCUUGUACCGUAAACAAAUAUACAAAAAUGCCUACAAUACAAUUUCAACAGAAUUUGUUCGAACAAAUAUGGGCGGCAAACGAGUAUGAGAUUUUUAAGAGAAUGAUGAUACAAAAAAAUCUGGAGCUUCAAUUACAAGCUUUGAAUAUGAUCGAGCAAAAGUAUGGCCUCACACCUAUAUCCUUGAUGUACGAAACAGAUACAUUGAAUGAAGAUCCUCUAGUCAUGGAAGAAUUAGUUCAAAAACAUGUAUUGGAAAAUGAUUCGGAAGAUCAAAAUAUAUCAUCAGAAACUUCGCUCAUCAAAGAACACGAACGUUUGACAGUUAAAUAUAAUAAUGAAAGAAUAUUGUUAUCAGAAGCUUUAAGAAUAUCACAAGAGAAAAAAGGAGAUCCACAAUCAUCGUUCAAAGAAGUAAAAGAAGGAGAAGCAAAAAAAAGAGAAAUUAAAGUAAAAAAAGAAAAAGAAGAGAAGGACGAGGAAGAUAAAGAGAAAGAAAAAGAUACUCAUAAAUUCCCUAAAACACUUCCUUUAGAUCCUAUAUCUACAAAUGAAUCAAAAUCAGACGAAAAAAAUAUAUCAGAAGAAGAUAUAAAAAAAAGACAAGCUUACUUGAAGGCUAGACGCGAUAAAUUGGUAGCAUUAAAAAAAGAAGCAAGAAGUCAACGAUUGGAAAUGAAUUCGACAAGACCGAGUUCCGCAAGGAUAAUAGCGGAAGCAACAAUCAAAGGGGAGCAGGAAUUAAAAUUACCAAAAUCUUUAGAUCCAUCCAUAUUACAAGUACGCAAAGCACUCGCAGCUCGUCUUCAAACUGAAGUGGUGCGUAAGCAAACGAAUUAAUAAUAACAAUUCUUAUAAGAUGAAAUUGGAACAUAUUUUAUCGCGGUAAGAAUAUUCUUCCGAGAAAUAUUAUACACAGCGACUAAAUCACACUUUUUUUGUAGAUUUUUUGUAGAUUAUUUAGCAUAAAAACAGCAAAAUUUUAUAAGGUAACGUUCACAAACUUUGAAUUAAGAUAAUCAAUCUAAAUAACAAAAUGAUUUAUCAUUAUGUCUAAAACAAAACGAGUAUAAGUUGUUUUUUUUUUGUAUACAAUUUCAAGUAUUCAUUACAUCGGUUUGUUUUACUUUUGAGUUGAAAUAAGUCUGAUUUAGUAUCAUUACAGUUUGCAUAUAUGUAUAUAUUUCCGCUUAUGAAUACCGAUAAAAUGAUAAAUAGUCUUUUUAAGGUCACUUGCAUUAUUUUCUCUUAUUCAUUCGAUGCGUAUCUCAUAAUUAUAAUCAUUGAUAUUAAUUCGUGAGAGAAAUUGAAUAAAACACGAAAAAAAUAAAAAGAAAAAGCAUAGAAUCUUUCUAUAACAAUUUGCAUAAAUUUUCGAGAUGAGUGAUAUAAAUAAAUAAAAAACAAAAAAAAUUUAGUGUUUCUCGUUUUUUACAAAUUUUAUAGAAAAUUAACAUCUGUAAAUUUUUCAAUUUUUAUGUUAUUUUUUUAUGUAUAAUUAACUCUUCAAAUGAAAUUAUAUUUUUUAUUUUAUCGAUGUAAAGAGAAGAGAAUGCGAAGAUAACACAAAAGUUGUGUAAUACACAGCUUUUAAUAAAUGUUUUUAGAAAAUUAUAAAUAUUACACGCUGUAAAAUUUGUUUUACAUAUAAUUAUCUAAUAGCACAAAUUGUAUAAAUCACAAUUAGAAGAUAAAUAGAACUGAAAAUCAA